CACUAGCGCGGGGCUGAUCUUAAACCCCACGCCUCAUGUUCGGCGUGCUCCGCGUCCCAAGAUUUUUCUUUUUCAGUCAUUCUUAGACCAUACCACCAAACCCAAUUUCUUAUACUUUACACUUUGCGCCUCUACGUACUACACAAACACACAAAAGUCGCAACCAUGGUCGAGAAGCUUUACGUCACAUACAACCAGGUGCACAAGCACUGCCAGGAUGCCGCGCCUAGAAUUCUUGAGGAGUUCAAGCCCAACCUUAUGAUCGCCAUUGGCGGCGGUGGUUACGUCCCUGCGCGCAUUCUGCGCUCGUUUCUCAAGCGCGACGGCUCGUCCAACAUUCCGAUCCAGGCCAUCGGUCUCUCUCUGUACGAGCAGCUCGGCGGCUCCGGCGACUCCGAAGUCGAGGUUCCCGGCACAAAGGUUACACGUACGCAGUGGCUUGACCUGUCCUCUCUCGAAAUGGCCAACUUGAUUGGCAAGAACGUCCUCAUCGUUGACGAGGUCGAUGACACAAGGACAACGCUUGAGUAUGCGGUGCGCGAGCUUGAGAAGGACGUUGUCGAGGCACAGAAGAAAUCUGGGCGCACAGGGGAGAAGACUACGUUCAGCAUCUUCGUUCUCCACAACAAGGACAAGACGAAGAAGGGCACGCUCCCUGAGGAGACGUUGAAGGGCAGGUAUCUGGCCGCACAGACUGUUGGCGAUGUUUGGAUCAACUACCCUUGGGAGGCUAUGGACAUUGAUGAGCACGACCGCAUGUCUGCCGAGGCGGACAAGAAGUCUGCUUGAACUACGCUUAUCUAGACUAUGAUACCACAGAGACGCAGGUGUCCGACGAUGGGAGAGAAAAGCAUCACAUUGACGACUUGGCAUUUGAGCAUUUGCGGGCAGGGAUACACAGGAGUUGGCGGGCACUGAUCUUCACCAACGGUAUUUUAGGUAAUGGGCCGACGGCCUUACCGUGGGUAGAUAUGGAACAAAAAUAAAAUGGAAGACUUUUAGAUCAUACUCUGAGUAUUUUGUCACUGUUCUUCGACAAUUUAACAUAUACACUGGGA